AUGGCCGCCGACAGUGACGAUGGCGCAGUCUCAGCCCCAGCGGCCUCUGAUGGUGGUGUCUGCAAAACCACAAAAUCUGGGGAGGAGCUAGUAGUCCAGGUUCCUGUGGUGGAUGUGCAGAGUGACAACUUCAAGGAGAUGUGGCCAUCCCUCCUGCUGGCCAUAAAGACAGCUAGCUUCGUGGCUGUGGACACGGAACUGAGUGGGCUUGGGGACAGGAAGAGUUUGCUGAACCAGUGCAUCGAGGAACGUUACAAGUCCGUGUGUCAUGCUGCCAGGACCCGUUCUAUUCUCUCCCUGGGCCUCGCCUGCUUCAAGCAGCAGCCAGAUAAGGGUGAACACUCAUACCUGGCUCAGGUGUUCAAUCUGACCCUGCUAUGCAUGGAAGAGUAUGUGAUAGAACCAAAGUCUGUGCAAUUCUUGGUACAGCAUGGCUUCAACUUCAACCGGCAGUAUGCUCAGGGUAUCCCUUACCACAAGGGUAAUGACAAGGGUGAUGAGAGUCAGAGCCAGUCAGUGAGGACACUCUUCCUGGAGCUAAUCCGGGCCCGCCGGCCCCUGGUACUACACAAUGGUCUCAUAGACUUGGUGUUCUUGUACCAGAACUUCUAUGCACACCUUCCCGAGAGCUUGGGAACCUUCACUGCGGACCUGUGUGAAAUGUUCCCAGCCGGCAUUUAUGACACCAAGUAUGCUGCUGAGUUUCAUGCCCGCUUCGUGGCCUCCUACCUAGAAUAUGUUUUCCGGAAAUGUGAGCGGGAAAAUGGGAAGCAGCGGGCAGCCGGCAGCCCACACCUUACCCUGGAGUUCUGCAACUAUCCUACUAGCAUGAGGGCCCAUAUUGACUACCGCUGCUGCAUGCCCCCUACAACCCACCGUCCUCAUUCCACCAGUGUCUGUGACAAUUUUUCGGCCUAUGGCUGGUGCCCCUUGGGACCGCAGUGUCCUCGGUCCCAUGAUAUUGACCUUAUCAUUGACACUGAUGAGGCUGUGGUGGAGGACAAGCGGCGACGGCGGCGACGUAGAAAAAGGCGGAGGGCUUUGUUGGGCCUGCCUGGGAAACAGACCUCUGAGGAAAAUGAGGAUGGCCCUCCCGUGAAGCAGGUCUGUGGGGAUGGCCUCAAGGCUGAGGAAAUUGAUCAGGAAGUGGCUGAAGAUGAGACUAGGAGCCAGCCUGGCUUGGAGAAAGGUCACAAAAAUGACUUGGAGAUGGGGCUCAAAGCAACAAGGCUGGAAACAGCUGAUGUGGCUACCUCAGAAGCGCCAGGAGGUCAAGCCAAUCCUCACCCAGUGGCUGGGGAUGGGUUGCAUCGAGCUGGUUUUGAUGCCUUUAUGACAGGUUUUGUAAUGGCCUAUGUGGGAGUGAGCCAGGGACCCCAGAUCUGUAGCUCUGGACCCUGGCUACCUGAAUGCCACAACAAGGUAUAUCUGAGUGGCAAGGCUGUACCCCUCACAGUGGCCAAGAGCCAGUUCUCCCGUUCCUCCAAAGCCCACAACCAGAAGAUGAAGCUGGCUUGGGGCAGCAGCUGA